GGCAGGACAACGUGCCCAGUCGGUUCUCUCUCGCUCUCGCUGGAAAAAGGCAAAGGUAAACAGUGGACAAAGACACCGGUAGUGAUAACAAAGGAAUCGGAGAGUAUUUGCACCGGAAGCGGAAGUGCAGUCAUUUGCAGUUUUCCAAAAUAAAGGAAAUUACGAAUACGCAUUAUUGAAAUUACGCAUACGCACGGUAGACAACGAAGGCAAGAUAGGACACAGCUGAAUAAGAAAAUUAAGCACGGUUGGCAGCUGCCUGAUAAUAAGAAAAUUACUCAUACCCCUGCGUGGCUGUUGGAUGAGCUAGGAUUUUGUCCCAGCAGAAAAGAUGGGUACUCCUCAUGUCUGCUUCGCCGAUGAGCAGCAGCAGGAACUGCAACAACAACACAGAACAGCCAGUAAUGGCAGCCUGAACAACAACAACAACAAACUGGAUGUGGGCUACAACAACACCGCUGGCACUCCAUCGCCGGGCGGCAGUCUCAGCGUUUCGCCAACACCGCGCUACGAACGCAAUCUGGGCUUCUUUCGGCAGCUGAGCCGCCGCUUCGGCCUGAGGUCGCAGGAUGACCUAGUUCACUCGGAUGACGCAGCCAGCGUUGCAACAUCAAGGAGCAGUGCAGGCGGAAGCGGAGGUGGAGUAGCCGGGGUCACUCUCCAGGAGGAGGACGCGCACAGUUCAUCGACCGACUCGUGCUCCUCGGGGCGUGGCCUCAACGCUCACCAGUCGCGUCUGGAGCUGAUGUCCAUGUCGUGCGCCUCCAGCGAAACGAGCAGCACAUUGGACAUCGAGGAGCAGCAGGAGCAAAUGCAGCAGCAUCACUUGCAGCAACAACAGGCGCAGCAAUCAAAGCGGAAGCCGAUUAGCCGGUCCAGUUUCUCGCGUCUCCAUCGGCGCUCCACAUCCUCGCUGCGUCGCGCCUUUGAGAGCCUUUCGCUAACCUCCCGUUCGCUGUCCUGCAGCGGUCCCUCCCCUCCUCCUCCACAUCUUCCCCCAGCCGGCGCACAGCCCGCAGCUGCCUUGCCUUUGAAGUCGGCUCUCAAAUCCGCCUCAAAUGUCGAGCUGCACAGGCAGCAACAGCAACAACAAAAACAACCAAGCGGCAGGUCGUCAUCAUCGUGCUGCGGUUCAGCGUCCAAAAACAAGGUGAAGCCGCCACCGCAAAGGAUCCUGCGGCAGCCCGUCUCCUACACAUAUCUCAAAGGCAUGUCAGGUCUGCCAACGCAGCGAGUGCCGCGCAGCUCCGUUUGCUGUCAGUACGCCAGGCGUUAAGGAUUCCACGAUCAAUGGUAAAUCAUCCAGAACAGUAUAGGCAGGAUAAAAAUGCCGUAAGCAGUAUCAGGAAUCAGCUAGUUAAACAAUCAUGAUCAGUAUCCCCUGUUCUUUGUUUUUUUAAAUGUUCAGUAAUAUAUUUUGCACAAACAUUUUAAAUUUAAAAAAAAUUAGCUUUUUAUUUCUUCUUGAUACAUUUUAAUUACAAUAAUGUUUAAAAAGCUGCAAGAAACCACGAUCAUUGCAUACCAAUCAUAGUUUACCAAAGUUAUUAGUUUUUUCCAAAAUAUUUAUAGUAUUAUUUAAAUAAAAUAUGAUCCAUCAAACCCUUUAGGUAAGUCAGCAAAAUCUUAAAGAGAAGGCAAUCAUUUGUAAUUCAGGUGGUUAAAAAAAUACUAUAUACUUUAAACAUCACCUUCCCAGGAUUUCCCCCAUUUCCCACGUUCCCUGAAAUUUAUUUCAAAAUCUGUGAUACAACAAUCGUAACCCUUUCCCAACCCUAUCACAAAAAACUUCCUCUCCAAGUCCAUUACAACUUAUUCGAUUUAGUAAAACAUCAGAAUUGGUAAAUUUCUUACAAACUUACAUGAUAAAGUUUUAUAACAAUUUGAAUAACUUUUGCACCUAAUAAAUAUGAAUUGAAUCGUAGAUGCGUAGAUUUUGUCAGAUAUAGAGCGAAUAUACAAGUACACACAUUCUUCACCGCUUUGAUGCUAGAUCAGGAUCAUUUCAUACCAAAGACUGUAAACGAGAACAAAACGAAAUUGAGAUGAAAUUAAUAACUUUGAUUGAAUCGAUUGGAAAAGUCACAAUAGAUUUCCUUUUUGUAUAAAUUCUUAUACAAUUCGUGCCUUUAUCAAAAAGACAAAGUAAAAAAAAUUCACGUAAUAAAUAUUUGCUCCAGAACAAGACACUUAGGAAGUAUAUAUGAUAAGUUUAAGUAAAUUUCCUUUUUAAAUGUUAAAUGGGAUCAAAAUUUGUCAGGCAUUUAUCUAUGUUUCGCAAUCCUAACUGAAUCAGCCAAAGUAAACUCUCCUAGGAAACUUAAAUUAUUUAAAUUAAGAGUUUUUAUUCAGAUACAUGUAAUACACUAAUUUGCUAACAAUACUCAACACACUGCAAAGAUAUAAUAAACCCAGCACUCCAGUAAGUAGAGUUCAGAUGUAGAUGAUAUAUAGCAAGUCAAAACAAGCCGCGAAACUGACUUAAAAGUAUUCAACAUAUACAUUAAUUUAGCAGUUAUACACAUUUACAGUUUAUAGAGAAAAAUAUUAAAUAACGCAAACCAAGGCCUAACUAUAUAUAUGAAUGCCAACGCAUUGAAUCGCAAGCCAAAGCAAUAAAGUUGAAGAAUUAUACAGAACAAUAUCAGCAUUAAUAUACACAUUAUAUACAGAAGCAUCUACUUAUAAAAAACUAUUUACCUAAGCAGCCAAAAAGCAGCAAAGAAUUGUAAUUAUCUAAAAGGCCGAUAGCCAAACUGCAAACAGAGUUCAAUAAAAGUGAAAUAAUUUACACCAAAA